GGAGAAAGAAAGGAGCUGCCUGCCGCACGCGCAGUGGGCACGACUGGGAAAAUUCAUGUGGAGGUCAGAGUGGAAGCAGGUGUGAGUGGGUCCAACAGAAGGAAACAUGGCUGCCAAAAUAUUUGAGUCCAUUGGCAAGUUUGGCCUGGCCCUAGCUGUCGCAGGAGGCGUGGUGAACUCUGCCUUAUAUAAUGUGGAUGCUGGGCACAGAGCUGUCAUCUUUGACCGAUUCCGUGGUGUUCAGGACAUUGUGGUAGGGGAAGGGACUCACUUUCUGAUCCCUUGGGUACAGAAACCAAUUAUCUUUGACUGCCGCUCUCGGCCACGUAAUGUGCCGGUCAUCACUGGGAGCAAAGAUUUGCAGAACGUCAAUAUCACACUACGAAUCCUCUUCCGGCCAGUUGCGAGCCAGCUUCCUCGUAUCUACACUAGCAUCGGAGAGGACUAUGAUGAGCGUGUGCUGCCAUCCAUCACUACAGAGAUCCUCAAGUCUGUGGUGGCUCGCUUUGAUGCUGGAGAACUGAUCACCCAAAGAGAGCUGGUCUCCAGGCAGGUGAGCGAUGACCUCACAGAGCGAGCAGCAACCUUUGGGCUCAUCCUGGAUGACGUGUCCCUGACACAUCUGACCUUUGGGAAGGAGUUCACAGAAGCAGUGGAAGCCAAACAGGUGGCUCAGCAGGAAGCAGAGAGGGCCAGAUUUGUGGUGGAAAAGGCUGAGCAGCAGAAGAAGGCGGCCAUCAUCUCUGCUGAGGGCGACUCCAAGGCGGCCGAGCUGAUUGCCAACUCCCUGGCCACGGCAGGUGAUGGCCUGAUUGAGCUGCGUAAGCUGGAAGCCGCGGAGGACAUUGCAUACCAGCUCUCGCGCUCACGCAACAUCACUUACCUGCCUUCAGGGCAGUCUGUGCUUCUCCAGCUGCCCCAGUGAGGCCUGCCCUGCCUGUACUUCCUUGGUCAACUGGACCCCAGCCCUUAGGAUUCUGAGCAGCACCCCAGAAAUCACUGUGAAAUUUCAUGAUUGGCUUAAAAUGAAGGAAAUAAAUCACUUCCGAUCUUUAAUUAUCAACUGAAGCUCUUUCAUUCUCCUGUCCAUCUACCUUUUU